UGUUUCUUCUCCCUUCUCUGACCCUCGUUCUGCCUCUCGUCCCCACUCUUCAAUCUUCAAUCUUCAAUCUUUGUCUUUCCAUCUUCAAAAAUGGAGCUUGUUCCCUACCCGGACCCCAACUCCGAUAGUCUGGCAUGGCAGGAUAUGUUCCGGUCCGCUUCUAUCAGGGAACCGUUGGCUACUCCACAAGCAGAUUCGCCGCCAAAUGCCGCUGAGCCGAAAAAGAAAUCCACCCACUCCGGUGAUCCCCAGGUACGCCUCGCUCUCUACAUAGCCAUGGCUCAUGCUGGAAUCGCCCUUGCUAUUUUUGUAGUCUACGCUGCGUACAAGCUCUUGGAAGGAUAUCUCAGGCCUCUUCAGUGGGCUGUGCUCUGUUCCAUACCUUUAAGGGGUAUCCAGCAGACCCUUGUUUCGUUCUGGUCGGAGCCCCUGAAAUUAGGCGUCACAGAGACGUUUCUAGCGAUUCCUGUGGCCAUAUUUAGAGUUGUAGUUAGUACGCUUGCUGAAAUUCGUGAAGCUUUUUUGCGAGUUCUUCUCAGAAAAUCAAGAGAAUCUGAGAACCCGAGGAGGAAACGCAGUGGGUUUUCUAGUUUACUUCGUUUGCUUGUGUCCUUUGGCAUAUUCGUUGUUGCAUAUGAAAGGCUUGGUGGUUUUGCCUCUCUCUGUCUCCUAGGAUUAGGUUUCUUGUUUAGCUCUAAAAAUGUAGAUUCAGUUUUGUCGACUUCGUCUUCCUUUAAGAGCAGUGGCAUGUGGCAUACUGCCUUUUUCACGCGAGGGGUACUGAAAAGAUUGAAAACAAUUGUAGCAAUUGGGUUGAUUGUUGGUAUGAUAAUUGGGUUUUUGGCUGGGAUGAUAUUCUUCUCCUACAAGAUUGGGAUCGAAGGAAAAGGUGCAGUGAUUUCACUGAAACUACAUGUAGAAGAGAGCAAUUUUACUGAGAGGAUUGGGGUCAAGAAGUGGAUGGAUGAGAAUGAUGUUCCUGAAUUGGUAGAUCGGUACAGUACUAAGUUUUAUGAGACAGUUUCUGAUCAGAUAGAUGUAUUGGCGAUGCAAUACAAUAUGACGGAGCUUGUGACUGGUAUUAAGUAUUUUGCUAUAAGCAAUUCAGCUAACUCUUCAAUAACUUUAACAGCCCCGAAGACACCCUCAGCAUAUACAGACAAGUUUCUGAGUCUAAGGACUCGGGUUAAAAAUCGAGAAUGGAGCAUGAUUUACACAGAGCUCGCUACUCUUUGGAGAGAACUCAUAAUCACAAGGGAGGACUUGGUUGAGAAGGCAAAAGUAUUUGCUGUCAAGGGAAUGGAUGUAUCUCAACGCGUGCUUGCUAGCGGUAAAACUGUGCUUGGAAGUGGUGCAAAAGUCAUGUUCUCCAUUCUCAAUUCCAUUAUUUCUGGAGCUGCCGAGGUUUUCAAUUUUGUGUCUCAGUUAAUGGUAUUCUUCUGGGUUUUGUACUAUCUCAUAACAUCAGAGUCAGGUGGGGUGACAGAACAAAUUAUGCACAUGGUUCCUAUUUCAACCUCAGCUAGGGUCAGAUGUGUUGAAGUUCUGGAUAAAGCUAUUUCAGGAGUCCUUUUAGCUACUGCUGAGAUUGCAUUUUUUCAAGGAUGUCUCACUUGGCUAUUAUUUAGGCUAUACGGAAUUCAUUUCUUGUACAUGUCAACUAUUCUUGCCUUCACAGGUCCUUUGCUACCGGUAUUCCCAUCUUGGCUUGCUACAAUUCCGGCAGCUAUGCAACUGUUGCUGGAAGGAAGAUACAUAGAGGCCAUUAUUUUGUCUGCUGUUCACCUGUUCCUCAUGGAUUAUGGUGCAUCUGAAAUAUUAGAAGAUAUACCAGGGCAUAGUGCAUAUCUUACUGGGCUUAGCAUCAUUGGAGGAAUGACUCUGUUUCCCUCUGCUCUGGAGGGUGCAAUUAUGGGGCCAUUGAUAACUACAGUUAUGAUUGCUCUGAAGGAUUUGUACGCUGAAUUUGUUCUGGGAGAACCAAAAGACAGUGGCAAGCAGCACACAUGCUAAGCCCCUACCUGUGUCCUUCUUAAAAGGAGAAAUUCUUACUGACAUUGUUGCCUCUACAAUUGGUGCAAAGAACGGGCGGUACCAAGGUGGGCCUGCUGAUGAAUUUCACCACUUAAAACAUUCGAGAUUUUAUCGUUUCUGGCAUUUAUCUCACGUAUGAGGAGUGUGCUUCCAUUAAAACACUUCUGCAACUUCAUUGUUCUUUGCAACUCUGUUGCAGGAGUUUGUCUCUAGGCUGGUGAUUAGUUCACAAUUGAUAUUUUUUAAUACUUAGGUCAAUAAUUUGAACUAGUGGGCUUUUUGUACAUUACACAAAGUUGAAGAAUAAGUCGUAUUGUUCAUAACUCGUGAACAAUUCAACUUGCUGUAAUUUAGUAUUUUAUAUUUUUAUGCUAAUUAUUAUUCAACGUGCCUUCUAGUAUUUUUACCCUGUUUCUUUCAGUUUUGAUGUUUUGGAGUCAUCACUUGUACAUUGAUUCCUUUAUUCAUAUAUGUGAGAAAUUUUAUUCACCA